AUGACACUCUUUUUAAGGGUGGAGUUUGUUGGCACGGGGGAAUCAAGGAACGAAUUUCAGAAUUGCAACGGAGGCCUGCUGACUAGUUUUUGUCGGGUGUCAUUUAAUAUAAAAGAGGAGGCCAUCCGUAAUCUAUUUUCUUUGUCCUCCGCCUUUUCACCUGAAGUUUUGCCCCCGCCUCGGCCUACGCUUGCAUUUCUUUUCUUUUUUAUUCUCUCCCCCCCCCCCACAAUUUACUUAGCCGAGAGGCAGACACCUUUCAUCACCGCGUUAAAUUUCAGAAAUACAAACUCUUACCAGGACUUAAACGACAUUUUUCGACACGCUUUUUGUUCUGUACUUUUUUUUUUAUUUAAUUUUCUCUUUUUUUGUUCUUUUUUAUUUCGUUUUUCGUUUUUUUUGUUUCGUUCUAUUUUUUAUUUUUCUCUUUCUCUUUUUUUUUUCAUUUUAACUUCUUUUUUUUACUUUUUUCUUUGCAUUUUCUUUUUCCUCUUUCUUUUGUUUUCAUUCCUUUUUUUUGUUUCGUUGCUUUUUUAUUUUUUCUUUCUUUUUUUCUUGUUAUUGCUUCUUGCGUUCUUUUUCUUUGUUUUUUUUUACCUUUCUUUUUCUUUUUAUCUUUCUUUUUUUUAUCUUUUUUUUUAUUUGUUCCUUUCUUUCAUAUUUCGUUCUUCUUUUUACCCUUUAUUUUCGUUUUGUCUUUUUUCUUACUUCUUAUCUUUUUCUUCUUUCAUUUUUUUUAUUUCAUCUAUCUCUCUUUUUUUCUUUUCUUUCUUUUUUUCAUUCUUCACUUUCUUUCUUCUUUUCUCUGCCUUAUCCUUUCUUUCGCAUUUUCUUUUCUCUUUUUCGAUGGCAACCUUCAAUCUUUCUUUCUUUAUUUCUGAUCUUUUUUCUUCUUUUAUUUUUAAUGUUCUUCCCGCGUUCGUUCGUUUUUUUCUUUAUUUUCGUUGUUUUUCCUUUUUUUUCUUGGUAUUUUAUCUUUUUUCUUCAUCUUUUUUUUUUCACCGAUUAUUGUUUAUUAUUUAUUUCUUUUUUCACUUUUCAAUUUCUUUCUUCAUUUUCUAUUUCUUUCUUUCUUUCUUUCUUUCUUUCUUUCUUUCUUUCUUUCUUUCUUUUUCGAUCUCUCUCCACUUUCUCAUCUAUCUCUCUUUAUCCCCGUAUCUAUCUAUCUAUCUAUCUAUCUAUCUAUCUAUCACAGUUUCUUCAUAUCUAUCCAAUUAUGAAUUUCUUCAAAUUCAUCUAUCUGAUCUCUCUGCGUGUCAGAUUUCUAUCUAUCUAUCUAUCUAUCUAUCUAUCUAUCUAUCUAUCUAUCUAUCACAGUUUGUUCAUAUCUAUCUAAUUAUGAAUUUCUUCAAAUCCAUCUCUCUGAUCUCUCUGCCUGCCAAUUAUCUAUCUAUCUAUCUAUCUAUCUAUCUAUCUAUCUAUCUAUCUAUCUAUCUAUCUCGGUUUGGUUUCUAUCUAUCUAUCAUCUAUCAUCUAUCUAUCUAUCUAUCUAUCUAUCUAUCUAUCUCGGUCUGGUUUCUAUCUAUCCUAUCUAUCUAUCUAUCUAUCACAUUUUGUUCAUAUCUAUCUAAUUAUGAAUUUCUUCAAAUCGGUCUGGAUUCUCUGCUGACAAUUAUCAUUCAUCUAUCUAUCUAUCUAUCUAUCUAUCUAUCUAUCACAUUUUUUUGUUCAUAUUCAUCUAAUUAUGAAUUUCUUCAAAUCCAUCUCUCUGAUCUCUCUGCUGCCAAUUAUUUAUCUAUCAUUCAUUAUCUAUCAUCUAUCUAUCAUCUAUCUAUCUAUCUCGGUCUGGUUUCAUUCAUCUAUCAUCUAUCUAUCUAUCUAUCUAUCUAUCACAUUUUGUUCAUAUCUAUCUAUCUGAAUUUCUUCAAAUCCAUCUCUCUGAUCUCUCUGCCUGCCAAUUAUCUAUCUAUCUAUCUAUCUAUCUAUCUAUCUAUCUAUCUCGGUUUGGUUUCUAUCUAUCUAUCUAUCUAUCUAUCUAUCUAUCUAUCUAUCUAUCUAUCUAUCUAUCUCGGUCUGGUUUCUAUCUAUCUAUCUAUCUAUCUAUCUAUUAUCUAUCUAUCUAUCUAUCACAUUUUGUUCAUAUCUAUCUAA